CGGAGCUUGAGCGAGAGACGCAGUUGCUGGCGCUAAAGUGAAGGAACAUCGUAUCAGGACAAAUGGCUCUCCAAGAAAAGCCAAUUGACUUCUCUCUGAAGAACAAAGAACCAGGCUUGGCACGUGAUUCCCCUGGCCAGGCUUCAAAAAUGAGCAAUCCUCGUCCAGACGCAGGCAGCUCCAAAGAUCUACAGGGAAUCGGCAGUGGCAAUGGCAGCGGAAGAGACAGCGGAAUUGGUACCAUCUCAGCUGGAGAGAAUAGGUAUGUCCUUGCAGAGAGAGGAGGUCGGAAUGGCCGGAACCUACAAGAUUUUGGGAUCAACACCAGGCAGACUAUGGCUCACGUUAAGGACCACAAAACAGGUACCAGCGGGGCGCCGGUGAAACUCAUGACCAAUCUGUUCGGUUUGACUUUGCCGACUCAGUGGAAACUGUACCAGUACCGUGUGGAUUUCUCCCCUGAAUUUGCUUCUAGGAAACUGAAGACCGCACUGCUCUAUUCACACGGGGAGACCUUGGGGAGAGCCAGAGCCUUUCAUGGGGAGAUUCUCUUUCUUUCUCGUAAUAUAGGCAAGCUAAAUCAUCUGGAAAGUACGACUAGAAAAGGCGAAACUGUGAAAAUAACAAUCACUCUGACCAACCAGCUGCCGGCCGACUCCCCCGUGUGCAUACAGUUUUUUGGCAUCCUCUUCAAGAAGGUCUUUAAAAGCCUUAAUAUGUACCAAGUGGGGCGCAAUUACUAUAAUCCUGCUGACCCAGUGAUCAUUCCUCAGCACAGGUUAAUGCUGUGGCCUGGGUUUGUGCUCUCCAUAAUGAAACUGGAAUCCCAGCUGGCCCUGUGCGCUGAUGUGAGCCACAAAGUCCUGCGGAAUGAGACUGUUCUUGACUCCAUGAAAGCUCUGUACUCCAAAGUCCCCAAGGAGAGAUUCACAGACAUAUGUGAGAAAGAGCUGCUUGGGCUUGUUGUGUUAACCAGAUACAACAAUAAAACCUACAGAGUUGACGAUAUUGACUGGUCCACCAAACCGACAGAUUCCUUUCCAAGGAAGGAUGGCUCAGAGAUUACGUACACAGACUACUAUAGUCAGCAAUACAGCAUAAACAUCUCCGACCUACAGCAACCCAUGUUGGUGAGCACACUAAAAGCUAAGAAGAGUGACAAUCCCGAUGCCCCUCGUGCCGUCCACCUCAUUCCUGAACUGUGCUAUCUCACAGGUUUGAGCAGCCGUGCACUUUCGGAUUUCCGUUUGAUGAAGGAUCUGUCAAUGGAAACCCAGUUGGACCCUGAGCGGAGGCAGCAGAGGCUGCAGAGACUGGCGGACAGCAUUCAGAGAACCCCAGAAGCCAGUGCAGAGUUGGAGAAAUGGGGCUUGAGGAUGGAUAAGCAGAUACCUGUCACGGGCCGUAUUGCCCCACCAGAGAGAAUCUUCAUGAGGGACAAUGUGUGCACCCCUGGAUCCCCUGCUGACUGGGCCAGGGACACCAGAAACGAGAAGGUGAUUUGUGUUGCGCCCUUGCAGAACUGGCUGAUGCUCUUUAGCUACCGUAAUGCUGACGUUGCUGAGAAUCUCCUGCAGUGCCUGAUGAAAGUCGCUUCUGGAAUGGGAUUCCAUAUGGACAUGCCAAGAAUAGUGCAGGUGGAAGACAAUCCGGUUUCAUUCCUACGCACCCUGCAGAAAAACGUAACGCCAGAUCUUCAGCUGGUGUUUUGUGUGAUUCCCACCAAUCAGAAAGACAGCUAUGACUCCAUCAAGAAGUUCCUGAGCCUGGACCAGCCUGUCCCCAGCCAAUGUGUGCAGAACCGCACUCUGGGCAGGCAGCAAAUGAUGAUGAGCGUUGCCAACAAGAUCGCCAUGCAGAUGAUCUGUAAGCUCGGAGGGGAGCUGUGGGCCGUGGAGAUCCCUCUGAAAGCCCUGAUGGUGGUUGGAAUAGACAUCAACAAAGAUGCAGUAAACAAGUCCAUGUCCGUCGUUGGAUUUGUAGCCAGUACCAACGCCAGGCUUACUAGGUGGCACUCUCGCUGCAUUAUUCAGAAAACAACAUCGGAUUUUGCCGAUUGCCUGAAAAUGUGCAUGAAAGGAGCCAUACAGAAUUGGCAAAGAUGCAACAAUGACCUCCCGAACCGUAUAGUUGUGUACAGGGACGGCGUAGGAGACGGGCAGCUGAAGAUGGUGGUGGACUAUGAGAUUCCUCAGCUUCUCAGUAGCUUCAGAGAGACCAAGACAAGCUACUGCCCCAGACUGUCGGUCAUUGUGGUGCGGAAGAAGUGCAUCUCUAGAUUCUACACACAGACCGGCAGGGGCAUCCAGAACCCGGUGUUGGGGACAAUCGUGGACUCCGAGGCCACAAGACCCGAAUGGUACGAUUUCUACCUGAUCAGCCAAAAUGCACGACAAGGAACCGUGAAUCCAACCUACUAUAAUGUGCUGCUAGAUGAGAACGGCCUGAAACCGGACCAUAUGCAGAGACUGACCUACAAACUGUGCCAUCUCUAUUACAAUUGGCCCGGAGUGAUCCGAGUGCCAGCGCCCUGCCAGUACGCACACAAACUCACCUUCCUUGUCGGCCAGAGUAUCCACAGGGAGCCGAGCCCUGAGCUCUCCCACAAGCUGUUCUACCUGUGAGAAAUUCAGAUAUAUCUUCGGUCAUUAGUGAGGGAAGUCUGGCCUUUCCUUAUGGAUAUUUUAUUGUAUUCUUCCUUGUUAAUAUAGAGAAUUUAUAUAGUAUUUAUAGGUUACCUUAGAGCUGGCCUACAGGCCUAUAGGUUACCUUAGAGCUGGCCUACAGGCCUAUAGGUUACCUUAGAGCUGGCCUACAGGCCUAUGGGUUACCUUAGAGCUGGCCUACAUGCCUAUGGGUUACCUUAGAGCUGGCCUACAUGCCUAUGGGUUACCUUAGAGCUGGCCUACAUGCCUAUGGGUUACCUUAGAGCUGGCCUACAGGCCUAUGGGUUACCUUAGAGCUGGCCUACAGGCCUAUGGGUUACCUUAGAGCUGGCCUACAGGCCUAUGGGUUACCUUAGAGCUGGCCUAAAGGAAUAUAGCAGGCUAUUUUUUUUUAUUUUUUUAUUUUUUUUUAUUUAUUUGUAUUUAUAAGAAAACCGUAGCUGAAAUAAGUGAUUAAUGGUCAAGUGAAUGUACAAUGUACAAAAGCCUUAUUAUUAUGGUAUAAUGGCCGCCUUAUACUCUUUUUACUCUUUUGUUGUUUUAACAUUUGGAAUAAAAGUGAUGUUUUGAUGAGU